AUGAAAUUAGCUGUUCAACUCGCAGCAGCCUCAGUCCUGGCUCGGGCAGUUUUCGGUUUCCAAUGCUCUCACAACAAACUCCUUGAGAAAUACAACGUUGACAAGUACAGUAUUUCACAUCAAACCACCAGAGAUACGCCUCCGAGCAGCACAAUUGAAGAUUGGUGGAUCAAUAUAUGCCAGGAAAGCUCUGAAACGCCUCCUGAAGGCUGUAAGGACAAUGACGUUUUAUGCGGGACAACCAAAGUCACUUUAAAUGAUGAUCCCGAUAAGCCCAUUCUUACGCAAUUGAUUGAUUUCCCAGAGUCUGUAUCCAGUGGGGUAAGUGAAAACUACAACGGGGAUCUUGUGGUGGAACUCAAAGACGCUAAAUGGGGGAGCAACUCAAUCGAUGCAGAAAUAACGUUUGUAUGUGCGUCCGAUAAAGGUUCCAACACCGUGACGUCUGUGACGUGGCAGGAAAAGAAAGUGCAGCUAGUGGUGGAGGGAGACGCUGGAUGUCUCAAGAAAAAGGACGAUGGCAAGAAAGACGGGGAUAACAAAGAUGAUGACAGAAAAGAUCCAAAGCCGGACCACGAUAAAAAGGGCACCAGCAUUGGAUCCUGGUUUCUAUGGCUCAUAGCCUAUGCUUUGUUGUUCGCGCUUAUAUAUCUGCUUGCUACAUCGUACAUGAGCACCCGGGGUGGCAACUUGCGUGAAUUCCGCGAGGAGUUUUUGGAGCGGUCAUCAAGCCUUGCGUCUUCUUUGCCGCAAUUCACCAAAGAAGUGGUAUCGAAAGUUCUUGGACGGUCCUCUUCGUCUUCUGCGCAAAGAGGUGGCUAUAGUGCGGUCUGA